AUGCCCCGGCGUAACAGAAGACAACAAAACCAACGGGACCUAGACUUUGAAAUACACGAAGACCCGCCCUCCACGAGCGAAGUGGAUGAGACCGAGGCUAGGGACUUUGCUUCUGCACUGCACGCCCGGCGCUUUAGCAACGACGGCUACGACUACCACACACCAAGAUUCUUUAAUGGUACGACCGAUUCAAACCUGACUAAAUCGAGCACGCUGGUCAACGAGACGGGCGACGAAGACGAGGCCAACCACACAAUCAGCUCUAUAAUGGACGAUCUCCAGGCUGAGAAGGAGAAGCUGGCUGCGGCUGCCGCUCCGGACCCCAACGAUAGAAUUGAGGAGGACGAGACUUUUGGAGGCGAGAUGGAGCCAGACGAGAAGGCUAUGAUGGACUCAGAGCUAGAAGAUUCGGCGUCUCGUCGGGAAUCCUCCAGUACACACAGCUUGGAGGAGGAAGAUGCAUCUGCCUCCCGCAGGGAGUCUGGCAUUUCUGCUACUUCAUCACACAAGUCUGGCACCGCAGCCAGCGAGUCUCGUCGAGAGUCCAUCAUGUCUACAUCAUCCCAUCGUUCUGGCCAUGAGACUUCAGAGUCUCGCCGCGAAUCGGGCAUUUCUUCCACCUCACGCAGAUCUGGCACCGAUGCCUCAGACUCACGACGGGUGUCUGAGUCUGCUAUAUCCUUGACCUCCGAGCACUCAUCUGACUACUCCGGGCACUAUACUGAGCAUGCUGAGGAAGGCGAAGCUUCGUUUGCUGAGACGAGUCUGCAUGAAGACGCAGCCACGGAAGAUACAGCUUCUCGCCGAGAGUCUACGGUAUCGGCUACUUCUCACAGCACGCACGACCGACAAACGGACGUUUCCGACUCCCGCAGAGAAUCAACAGCGUCGGGCAUCACACACGAUCAGUACACUGAGAGAUCUGAGUCUCGAAGAGAGUCAGCAAUGUCAGGAAGUACACAUGAUCAAUACACAGAGGCCUCGGCAUCCCGCCGAGAGUCUGCAUACUCGGCCGUCUCUCGGGACCACGGCUCAGACGCCUCUGCUUCAAGGCGAGAGUCUGCCGUGUCCGGCGUAUCCUACAGUACUGACCGCCGAAGCUCGGGGAGAACCGAGGCCUUGAUUCAAAAAGCUGCCAGAGAUAUCAUCACUGAGAUUGAAAAGCAAAAGGGCCGCCUCUCCCCCAAACCUGAGUCGGUUGAUGGUCGCCAAAGCACUCGCUCGGAAUCAAGGGCUUCCAGCACACGACAAUCAGAUGCCCAUGCCUCUGUCAAGGGUAGCCAGAGCGUACGCUCGGAUUCCAGGAUGUCGGACGCCCGAGCAUCAGAUAUCCACUCAGUCAAGGACAAUCACAGCACCCGCUCAAGUUCGAGAAUGACAAAUGCCCGAGCUUCAGAAGACCACGAGUCAAUGAAAGACUACCGAAGCAAUAUCUCGGGGUCCCGGCCUCCAAGUGCCCGUCCAUCCGACAUGCAUACUCCCAUCCCAGACGACUUCCAAGCCACUGUCGAGGACGAGGAAGAGGAACUUGGCCACAAUGGCGCUGCCGAUGAAGCCGAGGAUAAUAACAGCUCACAAAAUGAGCACGACGACGAUGUCUUCAGCGACCACAGCCCCAGGAGUUCUGUCGGCUCCAUGUCUGAAGCGGAGCACAGGAAAUUAGAGGAUACGGUGACGCACCGCCAUAGGUCCACCCGAUCAUCAAGGAUGUCGGAUUUUUCGCGUCUCGAGGACGACCAGGAUGAGGAAGAAGACUUUAUCCCAACCGUCCGGGGGACGCCUCGGCCACCCUUCAGAUCUCCCUCCUCCGUGCGAGCACUCCAAAUGUCGUCUCCGCCGCCCUCAGUCAUCGGAUCCCCCCGAUCCAGCAAGCGCACUCCCCUUCCCACCGUGUCGCGACUGGGCUCCCCCAUGUCGGGGAUGCAGUACUCGCCCAAGAAGACUCCACCCCGGUUCAAGAGAAACACGCCGCCUCUUGUGCUGCUGCAUGUGACCCUUCUGCCUCUGCAGUGGCCCUGGGGACAUGUGCUUGAGAAUGCGCACCCGGAUGAUCUCAGCCAAGGAGCGAAGAAUGUUAGAGACACGUGGCGCCAGCUCCAAGAUCGCAUGGGCGACACGACCUGCGAACGCGGUAUUCUCCUCCCACAUCCCCAGGAGGACUUUGAGAUUCUGGAGGAGAGGCUAUUAGAGGCGUUGGAGCUGCCUCUGAGACGCAGAGCGCGUAUCUUGGAAUGUGGUCACUAUCUUGGCCCGUCCAAUGAGAUGACGCUGGAGGAGGAGUCUGAUACCGAGGAUGAGUACCCAGAGAGCCUGAGACACUUGAGAUCCGCCGCUUUGGAGAGGCAGACGCACUGGUGCGGGACCUGCCAGUCUGAGAUCCGGUAUGAUGCUCUCGGGCCCGGCAAGGUGUUCCGGAUCAAGAUCUAUGCUAGCAACGGUCUUAUGAAGGCCGGAGCAUGGGAGGCCUGCUGGAAGGAGAUGGAGCGCGUGGACGUGGAGCUCGAGCCCAUCGUCGAGCCAGCCGUCCAGGAUGAGAUUUCUCGUCACGCCUUGGAGCAGGAGAAGGCGAUGGAGCUGCACCAGGCCGACGAGGAAGGGGGAGAGCUUCCAGAAGACCCAAACGCCUCGUUCCUAGAACAGGAAUCCAGCGUCAUCUACAAUGCUCCCUCCUCGCCGCCUCCUCCUGAGACUCGAGUGAUGUCUGCACCGCCGUCGGCCCCUCCUCCCGGGAUGCACGAGGACGAGCGCCGGUGGAGAGAUGAGCAGAGGCUGCGGGAGAUUUACGGACACACGCCCUCGGGCCAUGCUGAGCAUAGCGGCACGGCGGAGAAUACCAUGCCUUCCUCAGAGUAUACGCACAGGGAGACGCCGGCUUCCCCAUCAGCUGAGGCGUACGCCCGGAGGGAGGAGAGGCGCCAGCAGGCCCCUAAGACGGACUCUCUUCCGGGGCUGCUCCUCGAGGCGUUCAAGGUCAUGAUGCAGGAUAAGAAGAACGUCAUGAUUGCAAUCAUGGGCGUCAUGGUUUUUGUGCUUGCGCUGCGUGUUGGGGCAGCUAGGGAUGCGCACCGGGAUGCGAUGAUGUUCCAGCCUGUCAUGGAGGCACCGACUGUCACUGUCACGGAGCGGGCGGCCGAGCAGCAAACGACCAGUGCUGUGCCGAGGGUUGAGAGCGUGUCUUCUGCUUCGGUGGCUGCCCCUUCUGUGGCCGACGUUGUCUCUGAGAAUGCCGACCCCGAUGGCGAGAAGGAGCGUGAGACGACAGCAGCGGAAAAGAUUAUUCGGGUUGUUGAGACUGUUACUGAGGUUUCUGUGAUGGUUGAGACGGCGACGGUGACGGCGCCUGAGGCGACCGCUGAAACGCUUGCUCCAAUUGAGCAAGAUACCCAAGCUCAAGAGGAGACCGUCGACGAGAAGGUUGUCGAGGAGGUUACUCUCGAGGAUGGUGUCCUGGAGAAGGUGGAGGAGACUGUAGGAGCCACAGAGAAUGCCGUCAACCUCGAGGACGGCGAGACCCUGGGAGCUACUGAGGUUACCCUCGAGGAUGUUGUACUGGAGAAGGCCAUUGAAGAUGAAGUCAAUCUUGAAGAUGGUGCUCUGGAGACUGCUGUCGAGGAGGAGGUUGUCCUCGAGGAUGAUGUUCUAGAGAAGGCGGAGGAGAUCCCAGAAGUCGCUGAGAAGGAGGUUGACCUCGAGGAUGGUGAGACUCUGGGAGCCGCUGAGGAGGAUCUGGAAGUGGUUCUCGAGGUUGCCCAGGAGGCGGAGGAGUCAGUGAAGGAAGUAGAACGGGAACUAUGA